GUAGCUGGCUGCACACCCCGGCGGAGGGUGGGGCUGCCGGAGGAGGAGGAGAAGGAUGCACACGUGAGACCCUGAGGCGGGGAGGUAGGAGUGCAGCAGCUCAGGUAGGACAGAACAGCGCCUUCCGCCCACCCGCCCUGGGCCUCAGGGAUUCGGGUCGGCAAGGUCAAGACCCUCGGGCGCCUUCCCGGACCCGCCCCGCCGCCGAGGAGCUCGCGUGGAGCGGCUGGGGCGGGGCGGGGGCAUGCGGGCUCGGCGCAGGGGCGCGGGGUGGCUGCGCGCUGGGGCCCGAGCGGCGCCAGGCCCCGGGAGCCGCGGGGCUCCGGAUGGCGGAACCCACGUGCGCCGCCAAGCCCGGGAGGUUUGCGCUCCGCUCGCGGCGCUGCAGGGAGGGCGCGGUGCCCGGCGUGAGCGUCGAGAAACCCCCGAAGAGAGCUUUUGACUGGCUCAGGAUGAAGCCCCCGAAGGAGCCCGCUCCCAACUACAACAACAACAACGUGUCCUUUGUGAUCCACUGUCAACUAGGCAAGGAGAUCAAACAUAUUUGCAGCAACUGCAGUCGGGGGGAGGCCGCCCGGGACGCUGAGGAAGUGGAGAGGCUGGCGGCGAUGCGUUCUGACUCCCUGGUCCCGGGCACCCACACCCCGCCCAUCCGGAGGAGAAGUAAGUUUGCCAACCUGGGAAGGAUUUUCAAGCCUUGGAAAUGGAGGAAGAAGAAAAGUGAGAAGUUUAAACACACAUCUGCAGCCCUGGAAAGGAAGAUAUCGAUGCGGCAAAGCAGAGAGGAACUUAUAAAGCGAGGAGUCCUGAAGGAGAUCUAUGAUAAAGAUGGGGAGCUCUCCAUAUCGAACGAAGACGACUCCCUGGAAAACGGACAGUCCCUGAGUUCCAGCCAGCUGUCUCUGCCUGCCCUGUCUGAAAUGGAGCCGGUCCCCAUGCCCAGGGACCCCUGCUCAUACGAGGUGCUCCAGGCCUCAGAUAUCAUGGACGGGCCAGUGUCUGAAGACAGUCCCUCUGCCAGUGAGUCUGGAGUCCUUCUGUCCCAAGAUCCUUCAGCCAAACCAGUCCUGCUCCUGCCCCCCAAAAAACCUGCUGCUUUCUCUGGAGACCAUGAGGAGACCCCAGUGAAGCAGCUGCCCCUUCUCAAGCAACCCCCGGCCCUGCCUCCCAAACCCACUGCCAGGAUUGCCAGCCACUUAACAGAUCCUGGCGCCCCUGUGAAAUUGCCUUGUCUACCAGUGAAACUCUCGCCUCCGCUACCUCCAAAGAAAGUCAUGAUCUGCAUGCCCGUGGGGGGGCCCGAGCUCUCGCUGGCAUCCUACGCAGUCCAGAAGAGUGGCCAGCAGGGUGUGGCCCAGCACCACCACACGGUCCUGCCCUCCCAGCUCCAGCAUCACCCGCCCUACGGCAGCCACGGGCAGCACCUCCCCUCCUCCACCGGCUCCCUCCCCAUGCACACCUCGGGCUUCAGGAUGAUAGAGGAACUGAACAAGACGCUGGCCAUGACCAUGCAGAGGCUGGAAAGCUCCGAGCAGCGGGUUCCCUGUUCCACGACUUACCAUAGCUCUGGUUUGCACUCUGCUGACGGUGUCACGAAAGCAGGACCCAUGGGCCUUCCAGAGAUAAGACAAGUGCCAACUGUUGUGAUUGAAUGUGACGACAAUAAAGAAAAUGUGCCUCAUGAGUCAGACUACGAAGACUCGUCUUGCCUAUACACAAGAGAAGAUGAGGAAGAGGAGGAGGAUGAAGAUGACGACAGCUCACUGUAUACCAGCUCUCUGGCCAUGAAGGUCUGCAGGAAGGACUCUUUAGCCAUCAAACUCAGCAACAGGCCCUCCAAGCGAGAGCUAGAAGAAAAGAACAUCCUUCCCCGACAGACCGAUGAGGAGAGGCUGGAGCUAAGGCAACAGAUCGGCACCAAGCUCACCAGGCGGCUGAGUCAGCGGCCAACCGCAGAGGAGUUGGAACAGAGAAACAUUUUGAAACCUCGGAAUGAACAAGAGGAACAAGAGGAGAAAAGAGAGAUCAAGAGAAGGCUAACGCGGAAGCUAAGUCAGAGGCCCACGGUGGAAGAACUCCGGGAACGGAAGAUCCUUAUCCGCUUCAGUGACUAUGUGGAAGUGGCUGACGCGCAGGACUAUGACCGCCGGGCAGACAAGCCAUGGACCCGCCUCACUGCUGCCGACAAAGCUGCCAUCCGGAAGGAGCUCAAUGAAUUCAAAAGCACUGAGAUGGAAGUUCAUGAGUUGAGUAGGCACUUAACAAGGUUCCACCGACCUUAACAGUCAAUUUCCUCUUGAGUGCUAUGCUGUCUUCAAAACAUAAAUUUAUAAGAACCAUAAGUGCUGGUAUUUAUUCACUUCCCCAUUAUGAUGUAAAUCUUCUAAACUGCCUUUUUAAAAAAGAAAAAGAAGAAGAAGAAGAAAAAAAAUAAAAGGAAACACAAUCAGGAUUCUCUGUGUAGAAAAAGCAAUGGUGACCGCUCUGUGGUCGGAGCUGCCGGCGCCAAUUCUGAUACAGAAACCGUGUCCACCCUCAGCGGGACCCUGACCGAAGACUUUCCCAGCAUCUUUCCCAGCAGGCUCCAAGUUCUCAUCCUCUCGCGUGAACCUCCUCGAGAUUGUCUCCUGAGGCCAAAGAAAGCAGAGGCUGUGGGUCUGGCCUGGACAGGACGGUGCAAAAACAGUUAUGACCUGGUUGGCUUUUCCAAACUCUGCCCAGUGUACCAGCUCCACUGGGGUCAUCUUGAUGGCAAUGGGGAGGGGGAGGGGUCCUUAAAAGGGUGGUGCAUAGUUGCAAGGAGCACUUCUCAGCUGUCCCUGCCUUUUUUCUUCCUUACACCACUAUCUGCACAGGAGUGGAUCUGGCACUUACAUACACACACACACAUGCACACGCACACACUCACACACAGAGCUGUUGCUGAGCUCAUUCUUAGGGUUAGAGCAUAAGAGCACGAAGGACCCUGCUCGGCCGAUGAUCCUCAUCCCCGUGCCCUCCAGGGCCAGCCACUCUAUGGCUUGUGGGUUAGCGGCUUCUAAAUGUAGGACCUUUGCACACAGGCCAGCAACCAUUCCUGUAGGUCUGGCUCCCCAGCUGGGAGCAGCUGGAACUCUGGAGCUCUCCACUGGCCUUCCAUUCUCCUUUUCUUGCACUGUAGAGUGUCUAGGGAGAAGCCCUGGAGCUCAGCAGGUGCCAGAGCCAGGCGAGCACCAGCCAUGCCUCCUUGAGGCAUACAUCUCUGUUCCAGCCUAUCCAGAGAGAAUUACUCCAUCUCUCUGCUCUCUGACUCAAUGCAGGUUAGGGUGAUGAGACCCUCUGCCCUAGGAUCACAUGUGGCAGGGACAUGAAGGGUCCCCCUAGGGAAAGGACAGUCCUAGUCCUUCCUAGGCAUCCUUCCCUGCCGCAGCCUCUCCCUGCUAGCCGAGCCCACGGGCCUUGGCAGCCAGCUCUGCCCAGCCUUCCAAGUGGUUCUCAAGUUGCCAUGGCCUCUCUCAGUGCAGGCUCAUUGUACCCUCCCAGGAUUUUAACAGAUGCCACAAAGAGUAAUCUUUGGGUAUAUACCCAUUGGUGAGGCCAUGUGGUUUUCUGUGGCCAGGGAUGACCCUCGUGGCCAACACUGAACCCUGAACCAGACAGAGUUUAGGUUGAGCUCAGGGCAGCUCUCAGGCAGUGCCCACCCCUCACCACCAGUCCACGCUCCCCAAAACCACCUCUGCCCAGCUCAGAAGGAUGCAUCGUUGGAUCCCAUCUUCCCUUUGAAUGUGGUUUCUGAAUAGUUCCUGCCAGGGUGAGAGGAGGUGUUGUUCAGGGAAAAUACCGUUGGGAUUUUAGCAGGGCUUUGAUCAUAGCCUUCUGGAAAGGCUUACUGACGUUUGAAUGUGCACAUGAUGAUAUGAUGGAAGGAGCAGGGCUCUUUCGUUGAACUUGUCCACAGCAGGUGAGCGAGCAUGUGUUCUAGGCGGAGACUGACUUGGGCUCAGGGUCUAGCCUUCCUCUUUACUCCAGGAGCACCCAGUGCCCAGGGGUGACAGUCAGGCCUUUUACUAGCUGGGAACAGAUCACAAGGGAGUUCUUCAUGUCAUUGACCUUGACUCCCCUGGCAAAGACCCAGCGUUUCUCUGCUGGCCUCAGUUCUUGGGCCUUCAGGUUCCCCAGGAACCUAAGGACCAGGUGCUUCUCCGCUACAGCCAGCAGGCAGCCCAGCUCUGUCAGCCCAGAGCGCUCCACUCCAGUGCUGCCAUGCACUUUGUACAUGGAAGAAAUGGAGCACCACUUCUGUUUAUUUUUGUAGCGCUCACUCACUCGGGGUCAAGGGUGCACCUGCCAGGCCAGUGCAAAGUUACCCCCCCUUUAGGGCAGGUCCUCUCACAUAGGCUCAGGCACCUCUGUGGUCCCAGUGGACCACAGAAUAGGGUGGGUUGGGGGGGACUGCUGUUUCUUAAAACCUUCACAUCUUCCUGGAAAUCUGGCCCUUCUUCAUUUUUUGCCAUAUGGUUAUGGUGAUGAAACAAUUUGUAUUCCUUUCCAAGAUAACUUGACCAUUAAUUAGGGAAAAGAGAAUCAGAAAAGAGAGGAGAAUUGGAUAACUUAGAAUGUAUCCUCUUCCUGGAAAAGAUACAAGUUUUCUUGUUUCUUUGAGGAAAAUUCUCAAGUGGUUUGUUAGAUUCACAUGAGAGGAAAAUUAUUCAGUGUCUCCAAUCAGAUGCCCCCUGCUCCCAGUCAGAUGUUGUCCCAGAUACCUCUUUCCCCCAGAAGACUCUGUCUGCCACCACUGGCUUUUUCCCCAACUGCUGAUGCAGGAUUUGUUAUUUCAAGGGCUCUCCAUGCUAGGUAGAAGACCCGAGCCUUCCUGGCAGAUGAGAGAACCCAAACAGUGCAAGGGAAGACAGUGCUGCAAAGCUGAGUUUCUUUUUCUCCCGCUUAGGAACUUGUGUUGAUAUUUGCCAAAUGAAACUUGUGGUGUGUUGCAUUGAGGAAUGCAAAUCCCAGGCCCUCUCUGUGCACAGCCAGUGGGCAAAGGCCACUCCCGAUGACCCUUCCUUCCCAUCUGUCUCUUCAUCCCCAAACGGGUUGCAUUUUCCAGUUGCUUCCCCGGGCGUCUGUAUAUAGUUUGUCUUUGUAUAGGAGUGAGUGUGGUGACUAUCAGUCCCGGGCUCUCCAUUAGCAGAGGACGGCUGCCUGUGGAAGACACUGUAUAUAGAAAAUAAAUGAAACUGGAUCUCUAUGGCCUAGGUUUUGUACAUAUAGAAACUGCAUGGUAUUUAAAUUAUUGUUUGUCUCUGAUGAUGUAUGCAGUUUCUUUAAAAACAAACAAAGUCUUAAAAAAAAAAACU